CCCCCCUCACCCCAGACACGGUGGACCUGACGUGGUGCGUGAUCUCGGACAUGGAGGUGAUCGAGCUCAACAAACGGACCUCGGGCCAAUCCUUCGAGGUCAUCCUGAAGCCGCCCUCCUUCGACGGAAUUCCCGAAUUCAAUGCGUCCCUUCCCCGGCGCCGCGACCCUUCCUUGGAGGAGAUCCAGAAGAAGCUGGAAGCGGCGGAGGAGAGGAGGAAGUACCAGGAGGCGGAGCUGCUGAAGCACCUGGCGGAAAAGCGGGAGCACGAGCGGGAGGUGAUCCAGAAGGCCAUCGAGGAGAACAACAACUUCAUCAAGGCAGCCAAGGAGAGGCUGGAGCACAAGAUGGAGUCCAACAAGGAGAACCGCGAAGCUCACCUGGCGGCCAUGCUGGAGCGCCUCCAGGAGAAGGACAAACACGCGGAGGAAGUGCGGAAAAACAAGGAGCUCAAGGAAGAAGCCUCGAGGUAAAGAGGCACUGCUUGGACUGACAGCUCCGGGGAAGGUUCCGGAAGCUUCCGCAGCUCCAGGUCGGAACGGUGGGGGUGGGGAACGGCGCUGGCAACGACGACGGACGUUGCUCUGCUUUCUUUGUUYGUGGAUGUGACGAGUCGAAAGGGGGUGAAGCCAUCGGAGAGUGUC